CGCGAGCUUCCGGUUUCGCCAUUUACUGCACUGUCGCGCAGGCGAGAAGUCAGGAUCCGCCGUUAACCGGACCGAGUGACCGUCUGCUGGUUCAGACCUACCGAGCAGCUGUGUACCGAGAGCAGCAGGAUGGCUGACGACCUGGACAUCGAGGCGAUGCUGGAGGCUCCCUACAGGAAGGAGGACACCAAGGCCUCCAGCUCCAACGGACAGGAGGACCGCAACAAGAGGAAGAAGCACACCUGCUCUCACAGCCGUGACAGGAAUCGCAGUCGGAGUCGAGACAAGAAGAGGAGUCACAGCCGCAAACGCAGCCGAGAACGACGCAGGAGUCGCAGCCGCAGUCGAGAACACCGUCGCAGCCGAGAGCGAGGAGGACGCUACCGAGACCACCACAAGUCCCGUAGGAGGUCAAAGAGUAAGAGUCCGUUCAGGAAGGAGAAGAGUCCAAUCAGGCAGCCCAUAGACAACCUGACUCCAGAGGAACGAGACGCCCGAACCGUGUUCUGUAUGCAGCUGGCAGCCCGGAUACGGCCUCGAGACCUGGAGGAGUUCUUCUCAGCUGUUGGAAAGGUUCGGGAUGUGAGGAUGAUCUCAGACAGAAACUCUCGCAGGUCGAAGGGCAUCGCCUACAUUGAGUUUGUGGAGGCCAGCUCAGUUCCUCUGGCCAUUGGACUAACGGGGCAAAGGCUGCUGGGAGUUCCCAUCAUCGUACAGGCAUCACAGGCUGAGAAGAACCGAGCAGCAGCAGCAGCAGCAGCAGCAGCAGCAGCAGCAGCAGCUAACAACCUUCAGAAGGGAACAUCUGGACCGAUGAGGCUCUAUGUCGGCUCGCUGCACUUCAACAUCACCGAGGAGAUGCUAAGAGGAAUCUUUGAGCCAUUUGGACGGAUUGAGAGCAUCCAGCUGAUGAUGGACAGUGAGACGGGACGCUCUAAAGGCUACGGCUUCAUCAUGUUUGCAGAUGCAGAAUGCGCUAAGAAAGCUCUGGAGCAGCUGAACGGCUUCGAGCUGGCGGGUCGCCCCAUGAAGGUGGGCCACGUGACGGAGCGGACCGACGCCUCCACAGCAUCAUCUUUCCUCGACAGCGACGAGCUGGAACGCACCGGCAUCGACCUGGGAACCACCGGGAGGCUGCAGCUGAUGGCCCGGCUGGCUGAAGGAACUGGACUUCAGAUUCCUCCUGCUGCUCAGCAGGCUCUGCAGAUGAGUGGAGCUAUCGCUAUAGGAGCCAUGGCUGCUGUGUCAGCUGCCAUGAAUCCGUCCCUCAACAUUAACAUGAACUCUGCUGCUCUCAACCUGCCGGCUCAGCCUCUGGCCACUCACUGCUUCCAGCUGUCCAACAUGUUCAACCCCCACAGUGAGGAGGCGGCUGGUUGGGAAGUGGACAUCCAGCAUGACGUCAUCGAGGAGUGCAGCAAACACGGAGGAGUGGUCCACAUCUACGUAGACAAGAACUCUGCCGAGGGAAAUGUUUAUGUCAAAUGUCCAUCGAUCCCGGCCGCCAUGGCUGCUGUCAACACUCUCCAUGGAAGAUAUUUUGCAGGUAAGAUGAUCACGGCGGCGUACGUCCCCUUGCCUACCUACCACAACCUGUUCCCAGAGUCCGUCACUGCCACUCAGCUGCUGGCUCCGCCUCCACGCCAGUGACUCAACAACAGUGCUGCCCUCUGAUUGGACAGUGGACAUUAGAGCCUGCCCCUCCUUUCCAUCAUAUCUUCUUCGGUUCAUCGGGUCUGAGUAUGCCUAUGAGGGACGCUGUGUGUUUGUUUUCAGUCGGGACACAAACAACUCGCUCUCUCACUAUUGGCUGGAUCCUGGUCACGUUUGUGCUCCCUCAACCAUGUGACCUGCCCUGUUUCCUUCCUGUUGAUGAUCUCAGCAGCGUUUCUGUGCGAAGCCUCACACAGCUCCGCCCCUCUGGAGUAUCGUCCAAUGAUUGAGCUCUGUGAGCUGCGAGGGGGCGGGGAGGGUGUCUGCUGAUUGGUCAGUUCGAAGCCGUUUGGUAUUUAACUGUUUUUCUAAAUGAGAUUUGAUUUUGUAAAAUUGUUGAUUAAAUUUAUUUUGAUGUCA